GAGGGGCCAGCUGGCCCUUAGAGCUGGCAUCCUACAAGAUGGAGCCUGGGGCAGUGGUGGGUGCAGGAGGGGCUCAAGGCAGCAGGGGGUCUUGUGCAAGGGUGUUGUGCAGGAACUUUGCCCGCGGAGCCUGCAGAUGGGGUCAGAACUGCCGUUUCUUGCACGACAGGAAGUCGGCCCAGAUCUGUAGGUAUUUCCAGAAUGGGUUCUGUGGCUACGGAGACCGCUGCAGCUACCAGCACAUCCAAGGAAACCCAGGGCCUGCUUGGAGCCAAUGCGGGGCUGAGCCUCCCUUGCUGAGCCGCCGGGGCUCGGAGCCGGCCAGCGUGCCAGAGGCAAUAGCCAGGAGCUGGGGAGGAGGAGCCAGGCGCGGCUCUGCGCCGGCGGUCCCCAGCGUCGCACAGCUGCAGCUGAACUUCAUGUAUCUGAGCACCGAGUUUGAAGAGGAAGAGUAUGACAAAGAAAACGUCCCUGAUGCCCGGCACCCCCCAGACUGGGCCCUCAGCAGCGAGUUUGUCCCACGACAGGCCCAGCAGGACUCGGGUUCCAGAAGAGGAGAGACAGGACCUGAGAGAGCUUCUCUGGAGCCAAAAGUCAUGUCCAGCAAGACCAUCCUACCAUCGGCUCACAGCAUGGAGGCCGCCGGGGAGCUGGGUGCCGGCGCUGCUGCUGGGGUGGAGAUGAAGAGCAAGGACGUGGUGUGUGGCAUCUGCAUGGACAAGGUUUAUGAGAAGGCCUUGCCUCAGGAGCGCCUGUUUGGGAUCCUCCCCAACUGCAGCCAUGCCUACUGCGUUGGCUGCAUCAGCAAGUGGCGGAAGAGCCGGGACUUUCAGAACGCCGUGAUAAAGGCCUGCCCCGAGUGUCGAGUCAUGUCCAGUUAUUUCAUCCCCCACAAAUACUGGAUCUCUGACAUGAAUGAGAAAGAGAAGUUGAUAGAAACCUUCAAGGCACGGACUGGAAAAAUCAGAUGCAAGUUCUUUGUCCGAGGUCGUGGCCACUGUCCCUUCAAAUCGGAGUGCAUCUACCUGCACGAGCUACCUCGAGGCCAGUGCCCUGCCACGAGACCCCCUCGGCACAGGCCGCAGCGCAGAGGAAGCCCCGUGGUGUUCAAUCCCUCUCCUUCAGAGAGCUCCGACGAAGAGGGAGAUGACUUCUUUCUUGUCCAGUGGGAGCUCACCUGUGCCCUGUUGCAAGAAGGUUUUGGGUACUUGGACAAUUGCCAUGAGCUUUUCUACUGUGAUUCCAGUGACUCCGAGUAAACCAGUGACCUGGGGAUCUAUGACUGGGCCUGGAUGGAUGGAUGGAUGGCUUUGAUGCCACCAGCGACUUGUGAAACUACUUUGGGGGUGGGGUGGGGAGGAGGAAGAGAUGACCUCCUUUUAAGCUGCUUAGCUGUCUGUCUGCCUGGCAGGGCCUCUAGUAUCUCAUUUGGAGCUGUUCUGUAGAUGGGAGACUGUAAUGCAAGAUCCUGCUUUAGACAGGGAAGCUAGCUUCCACAGGGAGAGGGAUCUCUCUCGCCUUUUUCUGGCCUGCCUAGUGUGAGAUGUUAGCCCUGUUACCACUUCAUGUCACAUUUCCCUCCCUCCCUUUGGCCCUUCUCUAAUGAAUUUCAUGCCUCUCUACCCAGUUCCCUCACCCUCUCUGGUUCCCAGCAUGGGUUCUGGUGGCAGUUCAUACCUUCCCCUAGAGCAAGCAGCUGGGAGGCCUCUUGCUGGGGUUCAUAGUCUCCUGCAGUCACAGCAUUGCACCUUUGCAAGGCUGAGCGGUCUGCGCCUUUUGUGCUGCUCAUGCUGGUCUCUGGGAGGAACUGGCUGAGCAGCACUGCCCAAACUGGGCAGUUUCUGCAUCUUUGCUGCAGUGGUGCAAUGCUGUUGGCUGCCUAUAUGUAGACUUAAGCAGGGCAGCAGUCUAGCAUUAGUGUGUGUGUGCAGGGGGUAGGAGAGUGUUUGGGGGUUUUUAUUGAUGCAGCGAUCCGUCUUGGCAGCUGUGUAACCUGAUCAGCGAGCCCUAUGAAGUGGAAGGGCCACUGCCUGUUCCCUAAGCUGCCUGUGCCUGUAUAUGGCAACUUUUUUUAACUCUUGCAACUUACAGAUUUUCCUGAACAAUAAAAUGAGCUUUAAAAAAAAA